CUCCCGUCAUCUUAUCCAUUCCUCCUGCGGCAACGGCGGCGGCUACGCCCAUUCCGUCGUGCGCCGUCGACGGCCGUCGCCGGCGUGUGGCCACGGCGAAGGUGGUCGGACCGGACGGCUCUUUGGUGCAGUUCGCGGCGCCCGUCAUGGCGGGCGAGGCGCUGGGGGACGCCGCCAGCGCGUCGAGCUUCCUGUGCAGCGCCGACGAGCUCCGCUUCGACGCGCCCGCCCGUGCGCUGGCGGCCGAGGAGGCGCUGCAGCCCGUGUGGCUCUACUUCGCGAGCUCCGCUUCGACGCGCCCGCCCGUGCGCUGGCGGCCGAGGAGGCGCUGCAGCCCGGGUGGCUCUCCGGCCUCCACGACCGUCGUCUCCGUCAACUUCGCCUUCGCUGACUUUGCCGCAAGGCCAUCUGCCAUCGCCUCUGCGGACUGCCGGAAGACCAUCAGCGAUCGCCUAGACCUACUUUGCCGCAUGUACUUUUGAAGCAUCUGAUGGGUCUCAUCUUUUUGUCAAUUCGUCAGUUUACUGUAGCUAAUAUAGCUGUUGCCAACAGUAGACUACAUUUGACUGACAAGCAACACAUAAUGCCAUCCUACAUAUAUGGAUUCUGUUUGUACUUGAUAGCAGCAGACUAAAUUUUUGUUUCUGUUAUGGUUGAAGACUUGAAGUGCACAGGGUGUUGUUUGAUCUAUUUUCAAAUGAUACUGGUACACACAUGAAUUGUAAAGACUUAAAAUUAUGAAGGAUGAUUAACCAUAUAUAUAGUUGAGAAUCUAUUUGUGCUAA